AUGUGUGCUGUGCUGGUGACCCUCCUGGCCCUGGCCUCAGUGCCUGGGGCCCCGGCGGCCUGGCUGGGGAGGCUGGACCCUGAGCAGCUCCUGGGGUCCUGGUACGUUGUGGCCAUGGCCUCUGGCGAAAAGAACUUUGCGCUGGAGAAGGCCAUGAAGAACGUCGAGGGGGUCGUGGUGACGCUCACUCCUGAGAACACCCUGAAGGUGCUGUCCUCCCGCCACAGGCUGGAGAGGUGCGACCUGGACGUUGUGGAGCUGCUAAGACAGGACUCUGCGUGGGUGUUUGAGAACCCCUCCCAGGGCGUGCUGGAGUACCGGGUGCUGGGCACCAACUUCAGGGACUACGCCGUGGUGUUCACGCAGCUGGAGCGCAAGGACGAGGCCUUCAGCACCGUGGAGCUGUACAGCCGCACGCAUUGGGCCAGCCCGGAGGCCGCCCGCCUCUUCGCCAGGUGGAGCCGGGGCCUGGGCUUCCUGCCCCAGCAGCAGGCCAGGCUGCAGGCCGACCUGUCCUGUGCGCACAGGGCCUUCCAGCUGGCAAGGAUGGGGCUGGGGCGGCUGCUGCCCGUGCUGGUCCUGGCCCUGGUGCUGGUGACAGGGUCCCAACCACAGGAGCAGCCCCUCCGGGAGUCCCACAACCUCAACUGGAACAAGUUUUCAGGGUUCUGGUACAUCCUUGCCAUCGCCUCCGACACCCAGGGGUUCUUGCCAGGCAGGGACAGGAGAAAGCUGGGGGCGUCCGUGGUGCAGGUUCACAGAGUGGGCCAGCUGAAGGUGAUCCUCGCCUUCAACGGGUUGCAGGGGUGCCAGUCACACACGUUAAUUCUGAGGAGAGAUGGGAAGAAACCUGUCUUCAGGAACACUUUGAGGGGCGUGGAGGGCUUCCGCGUGCUGUCUACCGACUACAGCUAUGGCGUGGUUGACAUGCGCCUGGGGCGGGCCGGCCGGACUUCCAAGACCCUGCUGCUCUUCAGCAGACACACCGUGUCCAGCUUCCUGAGCAUGAGAAAGUUUAUAGACAUAUGUGAGAUCCGGGAGCUCACGAGGGGUGCAACCGUUCUCCCGAAAGAUGCCUCCUGUGCACACACCAUCCUGCCCUGA